AUGUUUUGGACCGUUCAUAACUUCCCUCUUCCCUGGCAGACUGGAACAUGGAAAUCAUUGGCAAAAAUAUGUGAAGAACACAAUGUUCACAAGAAAUACAAGACGGCAAAGCAGCAGAAGAAAUACGUCACGGAGGUCUUGAAGCUGCAGAUAACCUUGGACGACAAGAAGGAGGAGGGAGUGGUCUUUGGCGACACGGAGGAGGGCAUCAAGAAGGUUAAAGUUGGCAGGCGACUGUCUCAUGCCAAAGUCCAGAAGAAGGAGGUGGAGUCAAAGGAGGAGCUAGAAGCUGCAGCGUUGAAAUCGGCCGACGCUGUGGACUGUCCUAUGGCGGCACAGGACGUGGGGCCGGCCGUGGCGGAGAGCGACAAUGAGUCGAAGUGUGGCGAGGAUUCAGACUCCGACUCUUCGUCAUGCGUGCUAGGGCAAGCCCUCAAGAAGUACAAGGCCAGCACUCCGGCCCCAAGCGUUGCGGGCAGCCAAUCUUGCAAGGCCAAAGCGGGCCCUAGGCGCCGUCUUAGCGGCAAGGCUACUGAUGGGCCCCUGGCUGAUGCAGUGGGUUCGGAGUCCGAGGCCCCCGCAAAGGUAGCUCCAGCGGAGCAGGAGCGCAAGAAGCGAAAGCCUCCCGUGCCUGAGUCUUCCGAAGCUUCGCCGGCCAAGUCUGGGCGAAAGCAGCCGGUGGAGGAUGCUGCCAAGAACAUUCAGGCGCUGAAGCAGAUGCUGGGGUCUGUCACGGCAGAGGGCCUCAUGAGGGGGACUCCUGGUUGCCGAGAGGCGGAUGUGAAGAACAAGGCCUCCAAGGUCGCCAAGUUCUUGCAGGAGGUUGCUAACAACAAGGAGCAUGAGAUCAACGCCGCUGAGCUCGAGGCACAGAGCAGCAUGGUUUUGGACAUGCUUCAGAUCGCGAUGCACAUCAAGCAGGAUAGUUGCGAGACUGUGGUUCAAGAUGCGGAGGCGGCCGCAGGGUGGAAGACCUCGAUUCUCAAGAUGACCCAGGCCAACGCGCAAGCUCUCCUUGUGGCCAUCGCGCAGAAGUUGUGUGAGCAGGAGCGUGUGGGUGCCUUUUUGGACUUUCUCCGAUGUGCGCCGGCGGACGGAGUACACAUCUGCUUUGAUGACUUCAAGGAUGACAAGAUGUUUUCGGAGAAAGAGCUGCUGCAGAUGCAGUUGAACUGCCUGUACCAUUACUACGAUGAGUCCAUCCGCAAGGCAACGAGCUUCGAGGGCUGCGACAAGGUCUUGACACCGACCUUCUUUCAGCCAGACCUUGCAAGGACUCGAUGUGAUAAGGGAUCACGGGAUCACAUCAUAGCAUGUCAUGUCUCAGACGGGGUUCGCAAAGUUGAAGUCCCUGUAGUGCUUUAG